AUAACCCAAACAAAUACUACACACGCAAGGGUAGCAACUACUCGCGGUCACAGUACAUGGUGUCUUUGAACCCGAACCCGCCCGAAGGAUUCUACUUGGAUCCUAUGGGCAUGGCCCUGCCCAACCUUGGCUCAUUCACCAACGCAUCCGCCUCUGUCGCCGUUGCCACGGCUUCGACGGCCAACACCACUUCGUUGUCUUCCGAGGACCCGAGCAAGAAGGUCCGAAAACCCUAUACCAUUACCAAGUCAAGGGAGAGCUGGACAGAACCCGAGCACGACAAGUUCCUCGAAGCACUCCAAUUGUUUGACCGUGAUUGGAAAAAGAUUGAAGCAUUUGUUGGAUCGAAGACUGUUAUUCAGAUACGUAGUCAUGCUCAAAAGUAUUUCCUUAAGGUUCAAAAAAGUGGGGCUAAUGAACAUUUGCCUCCACCUCGACCAAAAAGGAAAGCUGCUCAUCCAUACCCUCAGAAAGCCUCAAAAAGUGCUCCUGCUCUUCCUCAAGUCUCAGCUUCUUUACAAGACUCACCAUCAUCACAUGAACAUGGAAUUUUGCCAAGAGCCGAUUAUUCGAAUUUCCAUGGAAACACUGUCACUGGUGCAGCUUUGCCAUGUUGGACUGAGAAUGCUAUUGGUGCUGGCAACUUAUCUCCUGGGGAAAAAGGUGAUCUAAGAUGGGGACAUCGGCUUAUGGCCAAUAACUACUGCUAUAGUAGUGAUGAAAGCACUCCACACUCAAAGACGCAGCCGACAGGUGAAAAGAUCAAUCAAGGAAAUCAUGGACCUCCAAGAGUUUUACCAGAUUUUACUGAAGUAUACAGCUUCAUAGGCAGUAUCUUUGACCCAAGUGUGACAGGUCACGUGCAGAAACUAAAGAGGAUGGAUCCUAUUGACGUUGAAACGGUCUUACUGUUGAUGAGAAACUUAUCGAUCAAUUUGACCAGCCCAGAUUUUGAGGACCAUAGGAGGUUGCUUUCAUCCUGUGAGCUGGAAUCAGGGAAAGAGGACGAGAAUGAUAAAAAUGACACUGUACAGGAUAAAUGUGAAGAUACCUGUCAAUAUGUGUAACUUGUUUUGGAGAGAAAUUUUGCUGCUCAACUUGGGCACUUGCAGCUUCUCAUUCUGGCCAGGGAUAAUCUUAGAUUAGUAACAUCAAUCGGUUGUUGGAUAUAUUUGAUGUUGUAAGUCUUUUUUAUGGCAUUUCAUGUAUUAUGUAGAUAAUGAGCAAUAUAUGUGAGAGAGAGAGUGUGUUGCGGGAACUGUAUAUGUUGUUAACUGUAAAUUCAUCAGUGUAAAUUUUCACAUACGCUGUCCAAAUUAACCAGCUUACAUGUUUAAAUUCCUGAUAUGCUUGAUCUAAUGCU